AUGGUCCCUUCCAUCUUCCUCACCACAGGGGAAAGUUCAUAUGACAUGUUACAUUUUCGUGGAUCUUCACAGAUGAGUAUUAUUAGUGUUGAAAUAUUUAAGGAUGGUGAAGUCCUUUACAACAUUGUUCAUCACACCAUUAGUAAGGUUGUCACU